UCGUUACUACUGUCUGCAGUACAACAAAACAGGACAACAUCAAGGUCAAGACUCUCAGGUUUAUCUCUCUGUUGUUACCAUGACUGAAGAGAAGAACGAUGAUAUAGUGACGUUAAACUGCUCUGUGUCGACAUAUGAACGAUGUAAACACACAGUGAAGUGGCUGUAUGAGGGUAAAGACGUGGCUAAAGAUCACCCAAACAUUGAGACAUUGCAGAGUGGCUGCUACACCACUGUGAAAUGGCAGGAUCCUGUGGAUUCUGUGGAUCCUGGUUUAAUUUACAAACCAAGGUCUAACUUAUUGAAGUGUGAAGUAACAGAUGGUUACACUGAAGAAGUGCAGCUGUUUCCCUUCAUCCCUCCACAUUCCUCAAGAGAGAAACCAUCUGCUGAUGCAACAACGACGACUACAAUAUCACCAACAUCAGAGACAAUGAGCACAUCAAAAGCAACAAGAACUUCUGAUAAAAGCCCAGAAUCAGUACCAACCACCACAGCAAUCAAUGAUCCUUCAACCAAACUACAAGGUUGGGGGAGGAUCCUCUUUGUGCCCGUGGGUUUAGCAGCUCUCAUAAUAAUUGUUGUGGCGGUCAACAUGUGGACGAGAGCUAAAGAGAAGAAAACACAGACGGAGGAAAUCGCUGUGCGUUAUGAUGUAGAUGAUGAUACAGUGAACUAUGAAAACAUCAGAUCUCCUGAUGGAGUUUGACCAACACUUCUGCCUCCAUCAGACUCCACUGAUCAACUCGUCACCUUUUACUGGACUAGUUCAAGACUGGAAAUAACUAAAAGAAUCAUCAAGGCUUAUUUUAUUUUAGUCUG